AUGGAUCAGGGAAACUAUACCAGAGUGAAAGAAUUUAUCUUUCUGGGAAUUACUCAGUCCCGGGAGUUGAGCUGGGUGCUCUUCGUCUUCUUGCUUUUGGUUUACAUGACAACUCUGAUGGGAAACCUCCUCAUCAUGGUUACAGUCACCUAUGAUUCUCACCUGCACACGCCCAUGUACUUCCUGCUCCGCAACCUAUCCAUCCUUGACAUCUGUUUCUCCUCCAUCACAGCUCCUAAGGUCCUGAUAGACCUCCUCUCAGAGAAAAAGACCAUCUCUUUUAAUGGCUGUGUCACUCAGAUCUUCUUCUUUCAUCUUCUUGGAGGAGCAGAUGUUUUUUCUCUCACCGUCAUGGCAUUUGAUCGUUAUGUAGCCAUCUCCAAGCCGCUGCACUAUAUGACUAUCAUGGGUAAAGGGAGAUGUACUGGCCUCAUCGUGGCCUCCUGGGUUGGGGGCUUUGUCCACUCCAUUGUGCAGAUUUCCUUGUUACUGGUCCUCCCCUUCUGUGGACCCAAUGUCCUUGACACUUUCUACUGCGAUGUCCCCCAGGUUCUCAAGCUUGCCUGCACUAACACUUUCACUAUGGAGCUCCUGAUGAUUUCCAACAAUGGCUUACUCAGUUGGUUUGUAUUUUUCUUUCUCAUCAUAUCUUACACGGUCAUACUGAUGAUGCUGAGAUCUCAUGCUGGAGAGGGCAGGAGGAAAGCCAUCUCCACCUGCACCUCCCACAUCACUGUGGUGACCCUGCAUUUUGUACCCUGCAUCUAUGUCUACGCCCGGCCCUUCACUGCCCUCCCAACAGACAGAGCCAUCUCGGUCACCUUCACUGUCAUCUCCCCUUUGCUCAAUCCUAUGAUCUACACUCUGAGGAACCAAGAAAUGAAGUCAGCCAUGAGGAAACUCAAGAAACGACUGGGACAUUCAGAUAGAGUUUAA